UUUGCACUUGAGCGAAAGGCAAAAAGCCAAAAGCGAGAAAAAAACAACGCAAAAUCAUUCGGAACGACUUUAUUCUGUCACUUUUUUUUCCCCCCACGGGACCUUACUAUCAAAUGUGGCUUCUUGGUUCAAGUUCUCAGGUGAUGAUGACGGAUGAGCGCCUGUCUCCCUCCGCGCGCUGCGUCCAGAGCCCGGGCAGCACCGCGGCCACGGUCCACAGCAUCGAGGCCAUAUUGGGAUUUAAGGAGGACACCAUCUUCCACAAAUCAGCCUCCUACGGCGUGACAGAAAAAGUUCUGGUCAAGGACGCGCCGCGGACCGGGAACGUGGUUGUGACCCAAGUGAAGAAGGGCCACUUCUCUGAUAGUUGUGACAGUGCGUGUUGCGGCGGCAGCGCAGGUGAAGCGUCCGUGUGUCCGGACUCUCCGGACAGAGACGGAAAGCUGUCGGACGACGAGAGCCAAAAGAAGAAGCACCGGCGGAACAGGACCACCUUCACCACCUUCCAGCUGCACGAGCUGGAGCGAGCUUUCGAGAAGUCCCACUAUCCGGACGUUUACAGCAGAGAGGAGCUGGCCCUGAAGGUCAACCUGCCGGAGGUCCGAGUACAGGUGUGGUUCCAAAACCGGAGGGCCAAGUGGCGUCGUCAGGAGAAGCUGGAGGUGAGCUCCAUCAAGCUGCAGGACAGCCCCUCCGCCUCGCUGCUGUCCUUCAGCCGCUCGCCCCCCGGCUCCCUGGGCUCCGGCCUGCAGCUGGACCCCUGGCUGUCCAGCCCCAUCACCAGCUCCGCCUCGCUGCAGUCCCUGCCCGGCUUCAUGGGCGGCGCGCAGAGCUUCCCGGGGGGCUCUUACACGGCCUCCCCGCCCCCGUCCAUGCCCUCCAACCUGUCGGCCUCCCUGUUCAGCUCCUCCGUCCCGGGACUCGGCCCUCACCUGCACCCCAUCGCCUCCAUGUGCCCCCCCACCCCCGUUUACCAGUGCUCGGCCGACCCCAGGAACUCCAGUAUUGCCUCACUGAGGAUGAAGGCCAAGGAACACAUUCAGUCAAUCGGGAAAACGUGGUGAUACGGAGGGGAAGUUUUUUAAAUGGACACCGAGACGCAAAAUUCACUGUUGACUUUUUGGAAAAUAUUUGAUCCUUCUGAAUAUGGGACCACAACACUUUGGGAUUUCUAAAGAGCCAGAACUCCAUUUACCUACAGGAUGUAAGAGUUGUUCACCAUCUAUACAAGAUAUCCUGAAAAGCUUUAACACAAGCUGUGAAGUAAUUAUUGAAUUCUUACAAAUGAUUGUGUUCUGCUAUUUCUAUUCUCCUUUAUUAUCUUAGUAAAUUGUUUUAUUCUGAACUUUUAUAUUCUGCCAGACCUGUCCUAUUCUUAUACCUCAGAUCA